AUGAGUGGUUACGAUAGUGCUUUAUCCAUCUUUUCACCUGAUGGACAUGUUUUCCAAGUAGAAUAUGCCAGUGAAGCUGUUAAAAGAGGUACCUGUGCAGUUGGAGUUAAAGGUAAAGAAUGUGUUGUUUUAGGAUGUGAAAAGAGAACUACUUUAAAAUUACAAGAUCCAAGAAUCACCCCAUCUAAAAUAUGUAAAAUUGAUAAACAUGCUUUAUUAGCAUUUGCUGGAUUGAAUGCUGAUGCCAGAAUUUUAGUUGAUAAGGCUAGAGUUGAAGCUCAAUCUCAUAGAUUAACUUUAGAAGAUUCAGUUACCAUAGAAUACUUGACUAAAUAUAUCGCUGGAGUCCAACAAAAAUAUACCCAAAGUGGAGGUGUAAGGCCAUUUGGAAUUGCUACUAUCAUUGCUGGGUUUGAUUCAAAUGAUACCGUACCAAAAUUAUAUCAAACUGAACCUUCAGGUGUUUAUAAUGCUUGGAAAGCCCAUGCUAUUGGGAGAUCAUCAAAGACUGUCAAAGAAUUUUUAGAAAAGAACUAUGUUGAUGAAUUAUCUGAUGAAGAAACUAUUAAGUUAACUGUCAAAUCCUUAUUGGAAGUUGUUCAAACUGGAGCUAAGAAUAUCGAAAUUUCAGUAUUAAAAGCUGGUGAUGUUAUUAAACAAUUAACUGUGGAUGAAAUUAAAACUUAUGUUGAUGAAAUUGAAUCAGAAAAAGCUGCUGAAGCCGAAAAGAAGAAACCUAAAUCUAAAGAUUAG